AUGUACUAUGUCAACUUAAUUUGGAUAUCAGUCUCUUGCUUAUCAUUUGUCUUCAAUAUGAUUGUUCUGUUCCUUGCAAUAGAACGUCAUCACGAACGACUUGAAGCCAAGAUUCUCGCUGUGGAUCCUGAUUAUCAAUCCAUUUUAGACACCUAUCAUCCUAUCAUUAUUGACAUGAAAUCUGCCACGAUCCCAAUGAACAUUCUUCUUUUAGAAGGUGUGUGGGCGGCUUUGCUUUAUACAAUUAUAGUAUUCUAUGGUUUAUACAGAAUUUUCUAUUCAAUUUACAAAAAUCAACGAAUCGUCUCGGAAAGAGUAACUAAAGCGCAAACUAACAUUGUCAUCACAUUAUUCAUUUACGGAAUCACAUUUUUUGGAUUAAUUGGAUUUCCGACAGUUGCAGCUAGUACCGCAAUAGUGGCAGGUGUUGAUGUCAAGUAUUGGCCUUUUGGUGGAGUGUAUUUUAUAUCAUUAUCAGUUCCAGCAACCCUAUUUUGUAUCAUCAAUAUAUUGACAAUCAGUCCUUAUCGGAAAGCUAUCAGGAAUCUAUUUAGGAGACUUGUUCAUAUUUCAAAUCAAUCUUUUGUAGCUACAGUAUCUGAAAAUCGUAAUGCUGUUGUUCAAGUGCCACAAUCAUUAUUUACAAGAGAAAGGCAAGCACAAUCAAAUCCGCAAGCGGUGCAACAAAAUUAG